UGCGGUCACAUUGUGCACAGCUGUUUGAAUUUUAUUAACAAAUAAAGGAAAACAUAUAUAUUUAUAAAAUUAAUUUUUCCUGGUGGGCGUUUUAAUGAGCAAGUAUCAAUAAAUGCCCGCAUCUGCAGUCUUUUUUAAUCUGUAACAAUUGGAGCUCCAACUAAAAACUGUGCAACAUGGAAGAUGAAGUGAUAGUGAUUGGACCAAAGAAGGCGCCCAAGUCGAUUAAAAUAUAUAAAUGUUCAAAGUGUAGCUAUCAGACAAAUCGCGCCUAUAAUGUGCAACGCCAUCUGGUCAAUCACUACGAGAAGCCCCCCAAGGAGCUGCAGCAUAUCUGUCCAUUUGCGGGCUGCUCCUUCUCAACAUUGCGCUGGGAUAAUCUUAAUCGACACAUGCAACGACUACAUGGUGUAAAAAAGCCACGAAUUGAGGACUCAACAACAGUAACAAGUAAUGAGGAUGCCGCCGCAGCAAUGCCAUGCGAUGAAGAGGAGCCAGUGCCAAGUGAUGAGGGGGAGCCGAUGCCAAGCGAAGAGGAUCUGGCAUCCGUGGCAAGUGUAGAGUAUGAACUCGAUGAAGAGGAUCUGGCGUCAAUUGCAGACUAUGACCAAUCAUCAAUGCCAUCUGACGAGCAUGCGGAAUCAAUUGAUGAGUUUCCAGCGCCUACAGCCGAACCAACUAAUUCGAAUAAGGAAUCCAAAAUAAAAAAGCCAAGCAUUGGCAAGCCAAAAAGAAACUACCAGAAGGGCAAAACUAAAACGUAUGCGUGCAACACCUGCAGCUAUCGCACGAAUCGUUGUUACAACAUUAAGCGACACAUUGUCAAGCAUAUGGAGAAUCCCAGUGACGGGGUCAUUCUGCAUGUCUGCAUUAUCUCUGGCUGCAAGUUUGUAACCCCUCGUUGGGAUAACCUGUGCAGACAUGUCAAAAGAAUACAUCCCGAAUCAGCACCAAACGCAUAAUUAAAUUGCAUUCUUAUACAUAAUUGUAAAAAAUAAAAAAGUAAUAUUUAAAA